AUGGCCAAGUUUAAGGUAGAAAUUUCGAAGGAGGAACAGGAUAUUGUUGAGAGCUUUCGAUAUAAUUUUACAAAUAUGCUGAAAACGACUAAGGAGGUGCAGGCCACUGUAUGUGACAUGCAACAACCUCUAAAAGAAGAGCUCCUUGCUGGUAUCACAGCUCUUAAGCAAGAAGUAGGAAGAUUUUACAAAGAUUUUGAUACUAAAGGACCUCUUGUCAUCGGAAUUUCUGCGAAAGAAGCCAGUGAGAGGGUGCUGCUAUUUCAAAGUUGGUUUGAAGAUUUGUCGAAUAGAUACGAAACAUAUAAUAGUGGAGAAAGCCUUUUUGGACUUGAAAUGACUGAAUAUCCACAACUGCAGCAGCGAAAACGAGAACUUAACCUCUUGCAAAAACUUUAUUCACUUUAUUUGCAAGUGAUGCAUACGAUCGAUAGAUAUUACAAGAUGCCCUGGAGCCAGAUCAAUAUGGAUGAGAUCAAUUCUGAGAUAACAGACUUUCAGAACAAAUGCCGGCGACUACCAAAGGCUUUAAGGACAUGGCCAGCAUAUAUUGAGCUAAAAAAAAAAAUUGACGACUUUAACGAAACUUGUCCUCUCUUAGAGCUAAUGGCCGAUAAAGCAAUGAAAGAACGGCACUGGCAAAAAAUAUCUGAAACGUGUAAACAUACUUUUGACAUAGAAUCUGAAGCAUUUAAUUUAUCGAGUAUCAUGGAAGCACCUUUAUUAAAAUACAAAGACGAUGUCGAAGAUAUCUGCAUAAGCGCUAUCAAAGAGAAGGACAUAGAGAGCAAAUUAAAACAAGUAAUCGCAGAUUGGACUGUAGUGAGUCUACAGUUUGCGAAUUUCAAACAAAGGGGUGAGUUGCUGCUAAAAGGUCUUGAGACUCAAGAAAUAAUAACUCAACUGGAGGAUAGUUUAAUGGUUGUGAGUUCUCUGCUGGCUAAUCGUUACAAUGCGCCAUUCAAGAGAGAUAUUCAACUUUGGCAAAAAAAAUUGAACAACUCCUCUGAAAUAUUAGCCAAAUGGAUAGCAGUACAAAAUCUUUGGGUAUACCUCGAAGCCGUUUUUAUUGGUGGUGACAUUGCUAAACAGCUGCCUGCUGAAGCAAAACGCUUUAAUUCUAUUGAUAAAUCAUGGAUGAAAUUGAUGUACAGAGCUCGAGAAAAAGUUAAUGCAGUAGAAACUUGUACUGGUGACGAAACAAUGGCACAGUUUCUCCCACUGUUGCUGGAGCAACUUGAGCUUUGUCAAAAAUCACUUAGUGGAUACCUUGAAACUAAACGAGUCAUAUUUCCAAGAUUUUGUUUCAUAUCAGAUCCAACGUUAUUAGAAAUCUUAGGUCAAGCUGCCGAUUCGCAUACCAUCGUGAACUACCUAGAUGGAUUUUUUGAUAAUAUUGCUAAGUCUAACCAAGAAAUUAUAUUUAAAUUCUUUAUUGUCAACUACAAAUACAUCAACUAA